AUGCUGGAAGCUUGUUCGUGUCAGUCACCGGGAAAUGUGACUUGGCAGGGAAAAAUAAAUUCUUAUUCUUCGCCUUCGCAUCACAUAGGAAUCAUGAGGCCUCAUGGUAAAGGAAAUCAAGAUGAUGUGUGCUAUGUAGUUGCUAAAUAUGAUUAUGCAGCUCAAGGAGCACAAGAAUUAGAAUUGAGAAAAAAUGAAAGGUACAUGCUUUUGGAUGAUUCAAAACAUUGGUGGAGAGUUCAAAAUUCUAGAAAUCAAAGCGGAUAUGUUCCUAGUAAUUAUGUCAAAAAGGAAAAACCUUCAUUGUUUGACAGGCAUGUGCACAUCAAGAAAAAAGUUAAAAAAGGAUCCGGAUCUAAAACGCUUCCUCCGAAUUCUAAUAAUUCACCAUCGAGAACAAUGGAUUCCCCAUCUUUGAGUAGAAAACUUCCUGCAGAUCCUUCCGAAGCCAUAGGAACAGCAGUGGUUAAAUAUAAUUAUCAAGCUCAACAACCGGAUGAACUUUCUUUAACUAAAGGAACGAGAAUAUUAAUAUUAGAAAAAAGUAACGAUGGUUGGUGGAGAGGUCAAAGUGGAGGAGCAUCCGGAUGGUUUCCGAGUAACUACACACAAGAGGAAGGAGAUGGAGAUGAUGGGAUUCACACGUAUGCCAUGGCAGAAAACGUUCUGGAUAUUGUAGUGGCUUUAUAUUCUUUUUCUUCAAAUAACGAUCAAGAACUUUCAUUUGAAAAAGGUGAUAGACUAGAAAUAUUGGAUCGUCCCCCCGCUGAUCCAGAAUGGUAUAAAGCGAGAAAUGCACAAGGCCAAAUAGGAUUAGUUCCCAGGAAUUAUUUACAGGAAUUGAGUGAAUAUCUCACGCAGCCUUUCCGAGACAGAGGAGUCGGGGGAAAUGCCGAGAGACACGAUUCAAUGGACAGACGCCCACCGGAUGGUAUGGACAGACCUCAUUUGAUCGGAAAACCUUGGUAUUAUGGUAAUAUAACGAGAGCUCAUUGCGACAGCGUACUAAAUCAACACGGUCACGACGGAGACUUUUUAAUUCGUGAUAGCGAAACAAACGUGGGAGAUUAUUCCGUGUCUUUAAAAGCUCCGGGUCGUAACAAGCAUUUCAGGGUGUACGUCGAAGGAGCAUUGUACUGCAUAGGACAACGAAAAUUUCACACGCUCGAUCAACUCGUGGAUCAUUAUCAAAGAGCUCCCAUUUACACGAAUAAACAAGGAGAAAAAUUAUACCUUGUUCGACCUCUACCAAAACCUGGCGGUCCUCAAGUUUAA